AGAAAAAGAAAUCUUUGUUUAACCAUGACUAGGGGAUAAAAGAGAAGUCAAUUUUUGUACUUGCCAAUCCUACAUCUACUAAUUUCCCAUCACGGUUUUCAUAAAUUUCCCUUCUUGUUAUCUCAUCUUUCUGUUGAUUUUCCCUCUUCCUCCUCGCGCAUCCCAAGAAAUCUAACGCAAUUUCAGUUAGCUGAAUCUGCCCCGAAAACAAAAAAAACAUCAAUAUAUUUCCGAUUUUUUUUUCCGGUGAACUUUGGGUUCGAUUGACUCAAAGCAAAGAUGCUGGAGAAGAUCGGGCUUCCGGCGAAGCCGUCGCAGCGCGGGAACAAUUGGGUGGUUGAUGCCUCACACUGUCAAGGAUGUUCUUCGCAGUUCACCUUCAUCAAUCGCAAGCAUCAUUGCCGCAGAUGUGGGGGUUUGUUCUGCAACAGCUGCACCCAACAAAGGAUGGUUUUACGCGGACAAGGCGAUUCACCUGUGCGGAUUUGCGAACCUUGUAAAAAGCUAGAGGAGGCAGCACGCUUCGAAAUGCGCUAUGGACACAGGAAUAGAGCUGGGAGAGGGAAGACGAAAUCAACAUUGGAGUCUGAGGAUGAAGUAUUAAACCAGAUCUUAGGCGAUGAUAGAAAGGAGGCUUUUGCAUCAGGACUGGGAUCAAGCAGCAAAACAAGUUCCAAUAUUCAGGGAGCGUCAAGUUUCAAUGCUCAAGAAGUUGUUGCUCUGGGUGAGGGAAGUGAAGCUCGUAGAAGUCCUUCCACUGAUGAUCGGUUUAAUACAAUGGGUGAGAUGGGCACUGCUAGCCCUGAGGAUUUGCGACAGAAAGCUUUGGAAGAAAAAAAGAAGUACAAAGUACUAAAAGGAGAAGGAAAAUCAGAUGAAGCUUUAAGAGCAUUUAAAAGAGGAAAGGAGCUUGAAAGGCAGGCUGAUGCAUUGGAGUUAACUUUAAGAAGAAAUUGUAGAAAGGCUUCGCUUUCUGCAAGUGUAGAAGAGGUCCAGACAAAAGAUGUUCCUGGCGAAUCUAGAAGUAGAAGUAAGGUUGCUCGUUUAGAGAGUAAAGAGAAAAAUGACCUUACGGCUGAGCUCAGAGAACUUGGGUGGUCUGAUAUGGAUCUGCAUAAUGAAGACAAAAAAGGGACAAAUAUGACUCUCGAAGGUGAGCUCUCUUUUCUUCUUGCUGAAAUCUCAGAUAGGCCUAAAAAUGUUAAGGGUACAAAUGCUAUUGACAAAACUCAAGUUAUUGCUCAUAAAAAGAGAGCCCUUCUGCUGAAGCGUGAAGGAAAGAUGGCGGAAGCCAAGGAAGAACUAAAGAGAGCAAAAGUUUUAGAAAAGCAACUUGAAGAACAGGAACUUUUGGCUGAGGCUGAAGAAGAUGAUGAUGAUGAUGAACUUUCGGAAUUGAUCCAUAGUAUGAACAGUGAUAAAAAUGAAUUGUCUUCUAAUCUAUAUGAGCAACAGCAUGAUUUUGAUUUUGGCAGUCUUCUAGGUGCUGCUGGUGAUCAGAUUAUUGACAGUAAUUUUGAUGUAACGGAUGAGGAUAUGGAGGAUCCAGAGAUAGCUGCUGCUUUGAAAUCAUUAGGAUGGACUGAAGAUUCUGAUAACCCUAAAACCACUGUUACCCAGAUUGUUUCAGUUGACAAGGAAUCACUGUCGAAAGAAAUCCUAUCCUUGAAAAGAGAGGCUGUUAACCAGAAGCAGGCAGGUAAUGUUUCAGAGGCAAUGGCUCUGCUAAAGAAGGCAAAACUACUAGAAAGGGACCUUGAAAGCUUUGAGUCUCAUGAAGGAAAAGUUGGAAUAGAUUCCGAUAGUGUUCAGAUGGAUCCUACUUCUCAAGCUGCUAGUAAAUCAUCAAAGUCAUCCGUGGUCAGUGACGAAAAUAUAAAUGCAACAAAAGAGAGAGACUCCAAAUUUUCACCAAGGAGUAAACUGAUGAUUCAAAAAGAGCUUCUGGGUUUGAAAAAGAAGGCUCUUGCAUUGAGAAGGGAAGGGCGGUUGGAUGAGGCAGAAGAAGAAUUAAAGAAAGGGAAGAUUCUUGAGCAUCAGCUUGAAGAGAUGGACAGGGCUAUGAAUGUGAAGGUUGAGCCUGUGGCUGCUCGUAAUAAGGACCCGAAGAAGGGAUAUAAGCAUCCUGAUUUCUCUAACAAAGUGCCUAUUGUAGAUGAGGAGGGAGAUGACGUAACUGAUCAAGAUAUGCAUGAUCCAGCGUAUCUUUCCCUUCUAAAGGAUUUAGGCUGGAAAGACGAACAGAAUGACCAGGCUAACUCUUUAUCAGAAUCUCAUGACAGAUAUGUUAAUAUUCCUGAGCAUAUUGAUGAAACCUCUGUACCUCAAGCUACACCUGUUGUUCCAGUUAGGCGAUUAAGAAGUAGAGCUGAAAUGCAAAAAGAGCUCUUGGGUUUGAAAAGGAAAGCCCUUGUGCUGAGGCGCCAAGGAGAGAGUGAGGAUGCGGAGGAAGUGCUGAGGAUGGCAAAAGAUUUAGAGGUGCAAAUGGCGGAGAUGGAACAACCAAUAAAAGAAGUUCAGCUUGACCUUGGUACACACAAAGCAAAUGCCAUAAAGUCUCUUAAAAGUGCAGAUGAGGAAGAUGAUGCAGGGGUCAUCACGGAAAAGGAUAUGUGUGACCCUGAAAUGCUAUCAAUGCUGAAGAACUCGGGACGGAAUGAGGAAGAACAUGAAACUAAAAUCAUGCAUGCAAAGGAAAAAGAAACUGCUGUUAAUUCUGUACAUUCUGAUGCCGUGUCUCUUAUUCAACCUUCUCUUCCGAUUGUCGUUCCUGCAAAAAGAAGUAAAGGUGAAAUCCAAAGGGAACUCUUAAAUUUGAAAAGAAAGGCCUUUACUCUGAGAAGGAAAGGAGAAACUGAAGAGGCCGAGGAAGUGCUGAAGAUGGCCAAGGUUCUAGAGGCUCAAAUGGAAGAACUAGAAGUCCCAAAACAGGCACAUCUGCAUGAAGUCUUCAAAGAUGAGAAACCCGAUAGUUUUGGAUCCCUGAUUAACCAAGAAAGGCAUGAAAAUCUAGCUGGUAUUGCGGGUAUAAGUGGAGGAAUGUCCCAGGCAACAUCAAUUACCACUAGCAAGCUUAUUGAAUUUUCAAGUGAUGUCGAAAGCAUGGGAAGUGACACAGCACGUCAUACAUCAAGGAAUUCUGAUCUUCCAAUUCCUCUUAACUCACAGCUAAUUGAAGGAGACCAAAUGAUAGAAAGCACUAGUAUCCCUCCUCCUGGUGACUCGGUAAACUUGGUAGAUCUGUUAACAGGAGAUGACUGGAGAGGUCCUCAAAUGUCUGCUGAACAACAAGACAUGGCUCUUAUUGAUGAGAAGCCUCAUGUUCAGGCAUCAAAUUCUGUUAAAGAAACUCCUACGGUAAGGAAUGACGAUGUUAAAACUGAAAAACAAGAAAAUAUGGUACUUGUUGAUGAGAAGCAACAUGAUUAUGAAGCAAAUUCUACAGAGGAAAAUGCUUCUCCGAGUAAUGAAAGUGCCCUUAAGCAAGACGUUUUGGCUCGUAAAAGGAAGGCAGUAGCUUUAAAGAGAGAAGGGAAACUCGCAGAAGCUCGCGAAGAACUUCGGCAGGCGAAGUUGUUGGAGAAGCGUCUUGAGAAAGACGAUGACAAAGCCAAAACCAGUCCAGCUAAGGAGUCAGAUUCCACGUCCAAUGUUUCUUCUGUUGGUCAAAAGGAGCGUGGUUCAUCGAAUACUCCUCCAAAAUCAAUUUCCAGCCGCGACCGCUUCAAGUUGCAACAGGAGUCCCUCGCUCACAAGCGUCAGGCUCUGAAGCUGCGAAGAGAGGGUAGGACUGAAGAAGCGGAAGCUGAGUUUGAAUUGGCCAAGGCACUUGAGACCCAAUUGGAGGAGUUGUCUGCUCAAGAUUCUGUUGAACCAGAAAACGAUGUUGGUGUUGAGGAUUUCCUCGAUCCUCAGCUUCUGUCCGCCUUAAAAGCAAUAGGCAUAGAAGAUGCUAAUGUGGUACCUCGUGUUGCUGAUAAACCACAAUCUUCAAAGCCUAAUGUUGGUAAGAUUGAAAGCCCUAACCAAGAGAGAAUUAAGCUGGAAGAGCAGAUAAAGGCAGAGAAGGUAAAGGCACUAAACUUGAAACGCUCAGGAAAGCAAGCUGAGGCCUUGGAUGCGCUUAGAAAGGCCAAACUACUUGAAAAGAAGCUGAAUUCCUUAUCCUGAAUCUCUUUAGUUUUGAGUUCAAGAAAUGAGGACAUUGCCUUUUAAGCUGGAAAAGCUCCUUCGUAUAAAGCUAGGUUAACUCCAUACAUGAAGAAUACAGAAGACAGAAAUGUGGAAGAAGAAAUUCGGUGGCAACACCAUGAUGCUCAAGGUCUUCCGUGGCGGUUCGAUUCUUUUCGAUCUCCCUCUGCCUUCCGCUCCUAGCGUGAAUUUCUUGUGAAGUGCUCCUUCAAUUCCACGUAAAGUCAUUAGUCCCAAGGAUUCAUACAUCAUCAUCUGAAUUGGUUUAUUUCCUUCAGCUGCUACUGCAAGAGAAUAAAGUAAAGGCUAAGUAAUUAUUCAAAGAAAAAUGUAAAGGCUAAACUGGCAUUCCAAGACCAGAGUUCGUGAGAUUGGGCAUGCCCAUAUAUGGUCCUGUUUUCUGUAGCUUUAGUCACUUCAUGUGUGACCAAAACAUUGUCCAAAUGCACCCUAUUAUUCUCUUUAUUUUUUUUUAAUUUUUUUUUUCAAGUCAUUCCUUUUAUUUAUUAAU